AUGGUAAAACGGAAAGAUGAGCUCGAAGUUCAACUGAAGGAUGAGCACCAGUUGAUCAAGGAAGGACUUUUGAGAGAUGAGAGUCCCCUUGAUACCAGUCCCGAAUUCCAAGAGCUUUGCGUUGCUUGUCGAAUUGGUGAUGUUAAGAGGGUUCAGCAAGCAAUUACUACUCCUGGAAUCAAUAUCAAUGCUAGGGAUCCGUUUGACUAUACGCCAUUGAUCUUGGCAAGUCUUUGUGGGCAUUACAAUGUAGUUCAACUACUUCUCGAAGCUGGAGCUCUCUGCGAACGCGAUACAUUCCAAGGGGAGAGAUGUUUAUACAACGCAUUGAACGAUCGAAUUCGAAACCUUCUAUUAAAGUACGAAUAUUCGAAGUCUAGGGACCCAUUACAAUCAUUCGCUUCUCAUAUCACCUCUCUUCUUACUAGGCAGACUCCUGAAACUUCGGACAUAACACUCAGUGCUGGAUCAGAAUCAUGGAAUUUACACAAGAUGAUACUUUCUGCCCGGUCACCGUAUAUGCAAAGAAAGCUUUCUGCUGCCCCAGAAACCAAGUCAUGGAAAUUAGAACCUUCCAUUCCCCCAGAAUGUUUUCAGGUUGCUUUUCGAUAUUUAUACAUGGGUGAAGUGCCAUCAGAUCUUGGUCUUAGAUCUAGCAGCUCUGUGGACGAUGUGCUCAAAGGGAUUGAUAAGAUCAGCAAACAGCUUGAGAUUGAAUCCCUCUGGGAAGGGCUCUUGAGUGGGCGUGAUAGAAGAAUAGCUCGGCAACGGUAUCAAGAUGAAGUUUCACGAGCAAGGAAUCAGAUGGAGUCUUGGUAUCGAGGGAAUGUUUUGAAGCAUAAGAUACACAUCGAUACCGUGAAGGCCAAGGAUGUGAAGUGGACUAGGAAUAAUUCGAUGUUUGCGGAUGUUCUGUUACAAGCAAACGAAAAUGUAGUUUCCGAUGAGGCUUUGAGUUCUGGGCCAGAAACGCCAACACCUAACACAACUGUUUCCCUAAAUGGUAUUCCUGUUGGCCCCUCGAGCUCAUUGCCCCAAGAGACAUCAACCGCCAAUUCACCUCAGAAAUCUAUACUCUAUCCUGCGCACCGCGCUAUGCUCAUACGAUCAGAAUACUUCCAAACGAUGUUUAGUUCCUCGUUUCAAGAAGCUCAGGUUACUGAUUAUUUGCAAAUUAUCUACGUCGAUUGCCCCCCUGCUGUACUAGAGCUCAUCCUCGAUUUUCUUUACACCGAGAGUGUUGAUAUUCCUCUCGAUCUUGCGAUAGACGUUCUUCUUGCAGCGGACAUGCUCUUCAUUGAGAAACUCAAAACUAAAGCUGCAGUAGUUAUAAGCACUCUCGGAAAUGGUUCGAGCACACUGGCUGAUCGCACACACACCGACAGUGAUGAAUUAGAUGUGGAGCUAAUUAACCCUUAUGAUGUUAUGAGAGCUGGAUGGUUGACAAGAGUCCAAAGACUAGAGGAAUUUUGUGCUAGGUACAUGGCGUAUAGGUUGGAAGACUAUAUUGAUGAGCCAGAGUUUGAGGAAUUGAUUAAGGAGAGUGCGGGUAGAAUUGAAAAGAGACAGGAGACUGACACUAUUGAAUUACUCGAUGAUAUUCGCUUUUACCUAUCAGAACGCUUCAGGCUCCGAUUUGAAGACUCGGGCCUCGAAGAUAUGAUGGAUGAGAAUAUAAAUGAGAACGGUGAACAAAACGGAGAUGAAAAGGGAGUAAUCGAUGAUGUUACAUCUGCGAAUGCUGUGAAGUCUAGCACAGUGGUUGAUAUAAACCCAACCCAGUCCCCUGUCCUUGAUCCAAUGAUGAAUGGUCAGAUACGGACUCUCAAUGGUGAAAUUGCAGGUGAUGAAUUUGCCGCAGAUGCUAUAAAUUACCAAACUUUACUUGGAAAGAUAGACAACUUGUUAGAAAGAUUGAAGUUAGAUGCUUAG